UCUGUCGUUCAGAAGCACGCUAUUUAGCAGCUUAGUUGGGCAACGAUACAGAUUGAAAGCAACGUGUGAUAAAAACAUGGUAGUGGCAACCCUUUUGAUACUUAUUGGCAGUUGGUCAGCAUUUUCUGAUGCUUUACCACAAGUUGGUGACCCAUUUCAAGAUGAACCGGAUCAAUGUGAGAUCAAAGUGAGCACAGAGAUGCUACAGUCACUAACGGAUUCUAUACGCAUGGAGAUGCUCUGUGAUAACCUCUUCACCAACUUAUUGCAACACUUCCACGACACGCGGCAAAACUUGACCGAUUGUUUGGCACGAGAGGGUUCAAUUAGCGCAACUGAAACGUCUUCUACAUUCUGCCAGCUUUUGCUAGAUGAUGCACAGCGACAGAUGGAGCAGGAGCGACGCAAGUAUACGGCCGAAAUGGAGGCACAAUUGCACACUGUACAGCAGGAAGCACAAAAAUACAACGAUGAAUACGUGGCUCUGCAAGGCAACCUCAACAAUUUACUUGAAAAUCGUACAGAACUAUACUUAGAUCUAUUGCUAACCAAUAUUGCUAUAGGAGACGUCAAGCAGGCGCAUAAAUAUUAUCAUCUGUAUCUAGAAAACAAACCGGCAGAUAAACUAUACGAUCACAUCGUACGCUCAGUGUAUCGCGUAUCAAAAUAUCAAAACCAGCGCCUCAUCAAUCUAAUCCACUUUAUACGUGAAAUCAGUGACACCAAGCCAAGGGUCACUCUUUACCGCCUGGUAAAGAUAGAGAUGAUGAAGCGACCGAGCCAGCGCGAUAGCUAUCUUUCCGCUAUCUUUGCGCUUAAUGUCAACGCUGAUAGCACCGUACGAGCCGCUGAUCAGAGCCUCUUCUCAGACAUGAUGGGAAUGAUCGAAAAACGAUGGAAGGAUCAAAUAGUGGCAGGAAACUUCCAAGAAGUAGCAAACUUCGCUGGUAACCAACCAAAAUACUUCGAGCUAAUGCAAGAGCGUCUAGCAACGGUAGAUAACAAUUUAUGGCAGAAGCUUAAGUUUGACAAAUUUGUCAUGUACCCGAAUUCACUACCUCGGUCUAAUCAGCGAUUGGAAGCCUUCCAACAUAUUUUACGUCAAAUCGAGGAAAGGAGUAAGAAAAAUUCACACACAUUUUUAAUUCAGACGGCACACCAGCUGAAUAUAUGCGAAGAAUUCAUCAAAAAAAGCAACUCCGAUCAAAAAGUGAAACAAAUGCUUGAACAGAUGAAGCGCAAAUUUGCACAAUUUUCAUCAAACAAAGGUUAUGACUAUUAUUUAAAAGAGUCGCGCAAACCAUCCAAAGGAUAAAAGAGACUAGCCAACGUAAAAUACAUCCUUUUUGUAAACUUUGCAGAUAAACACAGCAGAAGUUAUUCCUAUCCAAAACGUAGUGUAGUAUUCAACAGCAAAAUAUAAUAAAAUUAUCUUCAACAACGUUG